AUGUUACAAAACGAAGGUGUACAACCAGACGAAAGAACCUUUUUAUGCAGUUUCACUAAGGUUUCUAUUUUUUUUUUUACACAUGGCGAUCAAAAAUCUUAUGUAGCUUUGAAAAGCUAGUUAAAAGAACGAUAUGAAAAAGGGUUUAUGAAUACUUUAUCUUUUCUUCUGAGUACUAUUUUUCGCUUCUUUGAUUAAACUACUUUACAGGUGCGUAUGUACGGGACAACGUCACCUCAUGGCUCACCUGUCAGCUCACAAUCUUAUAUCUUAUACGACGUCAAAAGCACCGAUACAUUGCAAGGAGUCGCCCUGAAACACAAUUGCACGGUAAGUAACGUGAUUAUAUUUCACAGCAAAGUGAGGUAACAUUCAAUUUAAACUUGAAAAGACCGGAAUUUUCCUACCCAUACUUUUCACAAUGACUCGCCGUUUUUUUUUAAACUAGGGGACAGUCUCUCCUGAACAUCGAGUCGAGAACUGAGAUUUUAUGCGUUGGUAAGCCUAGAUAAGUGUAUUCGGAAUCAAAAAUUAAAUUUUGCUAAACCGCUCAGGCAACCGAGAGAGGUAGUGGUCUUGCGCACCAUACCUUCCCCAAGGUGGCCCUGAUUUGAAUAUUAUUUUUUUCCGAAUCAUAUAGUCUGUUCAGAUUUUGAAUGUCAACCAGCUAACUCCGCCCCUGCUGAGACGGUACCUUUUUCGCGUCGAUUUUUUUAUCGCGCGGGACUAAUUUUGAUCUUUUUGAUCUAAAAAGAUAGAAAAAAAGAAGUGCAAAAAAAUGCAGCAUUAUUAAAGGUUAAUCGUCAUCUGGAUAUAAAACAUUGACGCGAAGGAUAUUGUAGCCUUGGGGGUGGAGUUAGCUGCUUGACAUUCAAAAUCUGAACAGACUAUAUAUAACUUUCAUGCCUUCAAGCAGCUUUACAAAACCUUAAAAAAAAUUUGUUAAAUGCGCACAAGUGUGCUAUUUUGAAUGUUGCUAAUAUAGAUGAAACGUUUGUAGUAACACGCAUGUUCAAGGCGGCCGGUCGUAUUACGGUAAUCAAGCUAGGUUUUUGGGUAAUAAAAUGAAAACUUGUGUACUCUUUGUGAUUUAACUUAUCUUGUAAACUCAAGAAAUAAGUCCUUGGCAAAUUGCAAAAAAGGAAAAAAACUCAAAAAAUUUCCUGGCUCCGAAACUGGCGGCGCAAUAUGGACCGGCCACCGGAGCACUGUCUCAAACAUGCGUGGUAAUUAGAUUCCUUUUUAAUAUUUAUGCCGUGUUCAAAGUAAUUUCCGCGAAAUGCAAAAUGGUCUCUGACCCUCCAAAAUUUAGUUAUCUUUCUCUUUCUCUGACAGCUAUUUUGAAUUUCGCGGAAUCACUUUGAACACGGCAUUAGGUUUGGUUUACUUUAUCAAAUUUUUCUGAUAGCGGAAAAAAAUAUAGUUCAAAAAAUUAAAAGUUAAUUUCAGAAAAAGGUCACCAGUCCGGAAAUAGGAACUGAUGAGUAAUUUUCAUGUUAAUCAAUGCAGUCUUCAAAAUUAAUUUCCGCGAAAUACAAAAUCAUCUCUGACUCUCUAAAGAUUAGUUGUCUUUUUUACCCUCUGAUGGCUAUUUUGCAUUUCUUCGCAAAAUCACGUUGAGCACGACCUAAACAAUUUUAAGAAAUGAAGCACCGCGUAAGCUCAAAGAAAAAAAAAUAGUAGAAAAAACUAAGAUUUGAUUGAAAGCUUGCUUAUUUUAAUAUUCAGGUUUCUUCUAUCGCUAGAGCCAACAAGUUGUGGUCACCGGAUGCAUUGUUCCUGAAAGAAACAAUACGGAUUCCGGUUUAUGACGAUCGUACUCUGAAUGCAACCAACACAAGGCACCUUACCAAAUUCGUAAAAAACGAUUCACGGGUUAAAAAUGAUGAUACAAUAGGUGACAUAUUGAAGCGUAUAGACCGUGAUAUUGAAACAUCUUCACGAUCCAUUGAAAGAAUUGGAGAGAAAAUAACCUAA